UCCCCGGAAGUGAUACUUUGACCCAAAAUGGAGGGAUAGUGGCACGAAAAAUAAAAGUUUUCGUGAAGUUUUGACGAGUUUGGGGAAAAGGGAAGGUUUUCAGGCCCAUUUCUAAACGUAAAAUGGAAGAAGAGGUCAUUUUUUCCUGGGGAGCCAACAGUUAUGGCCAGCUGGGCGUGGGUCACCGUGACGACCGACACUCCCCACAGCAGCUGCAGGGGGUCAACUUCAGGGUCAAGGUCGUGACAGGUGGCGGAGGUCACACAGCCUUCAUCUCGGCUGAAGGCCAGUUGUUUGUGUGUGGGUGGAACCAGAAGGGCCAGCUGGGGCUGGGCCACAGGGAGGACAUGUCUGUACUGACCCAUGUGGCAGCUCUGACUGAACCUGUGCACACUGUGGCCUGUGGGUGGGACUUCACUCUGGCUGUUACAGGUGGACGAUUGUUCUCCUGGGGAUCCAAUGCUUUUGGUCAGCUGGGUGUUCCAGAGGUGAAGGGCCACUCUUCCACACCAGUUCCCAUACAGAAUUUACAAGGUGUGAGAAUAGUGGGUGUUGCAGCUGGGCUCAGACAUGCAGUGGCACUGGAUGAUACAGGCUCCGUGUGGACGUGGGGUGCAGGGAAGAGAGGUCAGCUAGGUCGUUCAGAGGGAGGCGGGCUCCCAACAGUCUCAAAACAACCUGGCAGAGUACAAUCUGGUGUAGACCCUACCAUUGUUGCAGUUACAGCAGGAUCAUACCACAGUGUAGCCCUUACUGAUUCUGGAGACUUGUAUGUUUGGGGAAGAAAUGACAAAGGCCAACUGACAAACAGUAUCAAUUGUGAACAUGGUGCCAAACCAUCCAAUCACACAUCAUCAUCUUCCACCAAUCACAUGCAACAACAGCCUGCUUCAGCCAAUGAGGAACAAGGACUAUGUGUAUCAGCUACACCUGGUUUAGCCAAUCAGGUUCAACCUAGUGCAGCUCAGGAAAGUGUUUCAGAUCCUUCUUUGAAACCUGUGGCUCACAAAACGUCUGCUAAGCAAUGUGUGGACAUUGCUCAGUUGCCUAUCAGAUUAGAUUGCACACUUUUUGAUGGGAGGAAAGUUGUACAAAUUGAAAGUGGAUGGACUCAUCUUGUGGCAAUAACAGAGGACAGGAGAGUUUGGACGUGGGGUAGAGCUGACUAUGGCCAGCUGGGCAGGUUUGAGGAUAGGACAGCACUGCCACACAGCUGUUCUCAGCCUGCUGAGCUGUCAUCGCUGUCCAGUGUCAGACAGCUGCAGUGUGGUUCAGAGCAUAACAUUGCAGUAAUAGGUGACAAGGUUGUCUGCUGGGGGUGGAAUGAACACGGGAUGUGUGGGGAUGGAGGUGAGGAGGAUGUGUUGGUACCCAGAGUGGUGGAGACACUCCGGGGUUACUCACCAGUGUGGAUCAGUACGGGGGCAGGGCACACCAUGGUGGGGAUGAAGAGGAAAAAUACCUCAUGACUAAUGUAUAUAACAUAUGACAAUCAAACAAUGGGACUGUAGGUUAUACACAUCAAUGUGGAUGAGCAUCAAACAUGGUUGGAAAUGAGAAUGUGUUGACAUUGCAACAUGUAAAGCUUCAUCAGGAGAAGGACACAUGACUUUGCACAUAGUCCACCAUCAAUAAGA